UUUAUCCUUUUUAUUUUUUUAGAUUGCGCAAAACGCGCAAAAGUAUCCGCACCUCACCACUCCACCGCGCUUGUUGAAACUUAAGGCCAGCAAAGUGAUGGAAUCGUUGUUCGCUACCGCCGAAAGGCUUUCUGCGUCCACGCCAGGAAGGAUAAAGGUAGAAGAGUACAAAGAAAGACUAAAAAAGGAAGCAGAGGAGUUGGUUUUGCACAAAUUUCCUGAGAAGAUAUUGGAACUGGAAACCUUGCUAAAGACAGAUAAGUUUUCGAAGACAGACCUUGCAGCUGUACAUGUGGAUAUCAACAUUCCAGUGCCUGAACCCCCAUUCAUCAACCAUGAGGCUGAUUUGCCUGCAGCAAAGAAAAGAAGGCUUGAAACUCUUGAGAAUGAAAUCACAGGCACCAAAGUGUUGGUCCUACCAACAGGCUCAGUCGGCACUAACAACCACAUUGUCAGCAUGGUCGAUAUCGUCAAGCCGAAGAUUUGGCAGCUUGUAGAUGACACCAACAUUUUAAAAAUGUGGAUACAGUUUCUCAUACCAAGAAUCGAGGAUGGAAACAACUUUGGUGUUUCUAUACAGGAAGAUGCCUUGACAGAAAUUAGAGCGGUGGAGGGUGAGGCAGCAGCAUUCUUUGACCAGAUCUCGCGGUACUUCCUGACACGGGGCAAAAUUAUUGCAAAGGUGGCCAAGUAUCCACACGUGGAGGACUUUAGACGUACCGUGCAAGAGCUCGACGAGAAGCAGUACGUGAGCCUGCGACUGGUUCUUUGUGAACUCAAGAACCACUAUGCGACCCUCCAUGACUUGAUCACUAAGAACUUGGAAAAAAUCAAGAGGCCACGAAGCAGCAAUGCCGAAAACAUGUACUAGCUUUUACAUUAAUAAUAAAGGCAAAAACAGGUGGC